CGCCUCGCCCGGAGCGACGUCACACUAAGGUGGAAGAAGACGAGCUCAUUUUUCCUGCCUUUAUCAUCCAAAGAAAACACAUUGACAGACUGAAGCAUAGACGCCUCUACCUGCAGCCGGUGGGCACCGUCAUUUUUUGCAGCCACUUCAUCGGUGCGUCAGUCCAGUGGGCGCAACUAUCGGAGUAACUUUCUUUCUCUUCAUCGUCUUUAUUAUGAUAUAAUUGCGUGUCAACUUCUUAGAGUGGCGAAACGCUGGGACUCAAAUUCGGAGCCUUUUCGCGUCAGUCAGAUAAAAACUUCGCCAUUCUCUUGAGUAUUCUCUUCCCUCCUUAAAGCGGUUUGAAAGCAUGUACCGUGCCGCGACAGACAGAGCACGACGACAAUGAAGAGGUUAACUACACCUUUGAAACCGGACAGCUCUUCAAUAGCCACUUGACCAACUUUGUUGCGCAUUAAGAUGCGCCCGACAGAAGAGGAGUCGAACUUUUGCGCUCUCGUUGACAGACACUUAGCCGUAAGCUUUUAAUGAUUUCACGCCGUCAGAAAGAAACAAGGACCUCUUAUGCAUUUAAGAAAUAAUCCCAGUCAGUGUUGGCUGAGCUCGUCACAUUAAAGUUUGCUGGGGGAAUCUCAUUGAGGAUUUGCAGCGUUCAACAUGACGGUCCGUCUUUCACGGAUCCAACUGGCCCUCUUCUUUAUCUUGCUCUGUCCGGUCAAUAUUAUCGGACUCUGGUGGGCCGUGGGCAGUCCUCUGGUCAUGGACCCCAACAGCAUUUGCAGGAAGGCGAAACGUCUGGCGGGGAAGCAGGCUGAGCUGUGCCAGACUCAGCCAGAGAUUGUCAGCGAGGUGGCCAAAGGAGCCAGGCUGGGUGUCAGAGAGUGCCAGUACCAGUUCAGGUACCGCCGAUGGAACUGCACCAGUCACAACAAAUACUUUGGCAAAAUACUUCAACAAGAUAUACGAGAGACGGCGUUCGUCUAUGCCAUCACAGCUGCUGGUGUAACGCAUGCUGUGACCCAGGCCUGCAGUAUGGGGGACCUUCUGCAGUGUGGCUGUGAAGCAACCAGAAACAGGGCGCCUCCAAGGCCGCUGUCAUCCUCCUCAUCUGGGGACGGGGUUAAGUGGGAGUGGGGAGGCUGUGGAGAUGAUGUGGAGUUUGGUUAUGAGAAGUCAAAACAGUUCAUGGACGCCAAGAGAAGAAGGGGUAAAAGCGAUAUUAGAACGCUCAUUGACCUCCACAACAAUGAGGCUGGCAGACUGGCAGUGAAACUCUACAUGCGGACUGAAUGCAAGUGCCAUGGACUGUCGGGCUCAUGCACCUUGCGCACGUGCUGGAAAAAGAUGCCUCAUUUCCGUGAGGUGGGCGACCGCCUGUUAGAGCGUUUCAACGGCGCAUCCAAGGUGAUGGGCGGUAACGACGGGAAGACCCUGAUUCCUGUCGGCCAAAAUAUUAAGCCACCGGAUAAGCAAGAUCUGAUCUACUCGGACGAGUCUCCAGAUUUUUGCCUCGCAAAUCGAAAAACGGGUUCACUGGGAACGCGGGGGCGCACAUGCAACAGCACAGCCAUGGACAUCAGCGGCUGUGAUUUGUUGUGCUGCGAGCGAGGCUACCGGGAGGAAACAGUGGUGUUUGAGGAGAACUGCUUGUGCCGUUUCCAUUGGUGUUGUGUUGUCCAGUGCAAGAAGUGCUUGGUGCGAAAACAGCUGAGUCUGUGCCACUGAUGGACAGAGUUGAAAAGUAGUCAAAUUACUAUAAUUUUAACUACUUUUGUUAUUAUUUAGGUCCUUGCUUUAGUCUCAGUGGUGUGAACAAAGGACAGGAUUUAGAUUUUCAUGAUCAUUUUUUUUUUUUUUUUUUUUUUUACAGUCAGUUAUAUCGCCAAAAGCUUUCAUUUUAAGUAUUGUUUGAUUCCUAUGAGUUAGCCUAAAAUGUUCCUUCUCUGAACUACCUAUUUUGUCUUUCUUAUUUUUGACAAAGGACCAAAGAAUGUUCAGUUAUAUUAAAUCAAAGAAUCUACACGUGGAUGAUCUAGUUUUUAGAGGCUGGCACAGUUUGUGUCUCCUCUUAACAACUGAUUCAAAAACACAGCUUUAUGUGUUUUUAAACCAAAAAGGUUUACAUAUCAGUAUAAUGAUUUGCCCAAAUUUACCCUAUUACAUCAACUUAUAACACAUAAUGGUGAUAUAAUUUGUGUCCCUGUUACAGUUACUGCACCAUAAUCAUUUCAUAAAACAUGGACACCAAGUACAAACAUAUGCUGGUACUACUGUGUCAAACAUUACGCACAAAAAAGGGAAAUUCUGUCACAUUACAAGAUUUGAAGAAUGGUGUCAACACCAUUCUUUACAGGUGUAGACUUAGCCUGCCAGCAAAGACUCUUAUUUAUGUAAAGAUAUGAUGACAAGACUACUCAUUUCCAUCCCUCCCAGAAGCACUUUGGAUACAGUAGUUGCUGUGGACUUCCUCAACAGCUUGGCAAUAAAAAUGCCUGGCUUUGGCUGCCUCCUCUAAACGUAAAGAGAAGGCUUUAUUUCCCUGACAUUAUUUGGUAUCAAGAAAAUGUACCUUUUUUGUUAAUCUGUUAUGAUAUACAGGGCUAAUAUAAUAAUGCACUUUGGAUGUUAGUUUCAGUUUGAUACUGUAAGUGCAUAUUUGUGUGUGUAUGUGUGUGUAUGUGUGUUAGAGUGCAUGCAUGACUGCGUGUUUGUUCAGGUUGGCCAGUUAUCACCAUACUCUCGGUGGACAGUACUUUAGUUUGUAUCUGUAAAUUGCUGUCUGUCAUCUAUGCUGGUUAUUAAAA